GUGGAAUUCACUUCCCGGUUAUCAGUGGAUAGUUUUGGAAUAGAAAAUCCAUCGAUAUGGUGAUUGCCAUCCGUUGCACCCUGGGUGCAUCGACCCUGUCGAAAAUGGGGGUUUCAUCUGUAUCCGGUGUGUUGGCUCCACGCUCUGGGAAACCACUCAUUGUCAAUAUUCGAGCCUCGUCUGCUGUCGCCCAGCAGAAAUUGCAGAAUGAGCCUAGACCCAGGACUGGGAUCUUGAUGCUCAACAUGGGUGGUCCUAAAACUACAGAUAAAGUUGGGGAAUAUUUGCACAGGAUUAUGACUGACAGAGAUAUGAUGCAACUCCCAAUGCAGAGUCACCUGGGUCCUUGGAUCGCCAGGAGAAGAACACCUGAGGUUCAGAAAAAAUACGCUGAGAUUGGCGGAGGCUCGCCAAUCUUAAAAUGGACUAAUCUGCAGGGAGAACUCCUCUGCAAACAAUUAGACAGAGUAUCUCCGGAGACUGCUCCGCACAAGCAUUACGUUGCCUUUCGUUACGUUGAUCCUCUCACCGAGGAAGCCCUCCAACAAAUAGAAGAAGACGGGGUCGAACACACUGUUAUUUUCUCACAAUAUCCGCAGUACAGCUGCGCCACGACUGGAUCCAGUUUUAAUGCUAUUUAUAAUUAUUACAAAAACAGAGAAAUUCCGAAAAAUAUGAAGCUGAGUGUUAUCGAUCGUUGGCCAACACAUCCACUCCUCGCUAAAACAUUUGCGGAGAAAAUUAAGGCCGAAUUGGAGGAAUUCCCAGCGGAUGUUAGAGAUAAUGUUCAGAUACUGUUUUCGGCGCAUUCGCUUCCUCUGAAGGCUGUGAACAGAGGUGAUCCAUACCCGAGUGAAGUAGCGGCAACAGUGCACAUGGUAAUGGAAGAGCUGAACUAUUGCAAUCCGUAUCACCUGGUGUGGCAAUCCAAGGUCGGUCCCUUGGAAUGGCUGGGGCCCUUGACAGACGCAGCACUGAAAGAUUAUGUGAAACAGGGAAAAAAACAUUUUAUUCUGGUGCCAAUAGCAUUCGUUAACGAACACAUCGAGACACUCCACGAAAUGGAUAUCGAGUACUGCGAUGAAUUAGCAAAAGAGCUGGGAAUUGACAAAAUCAGGCGAGCAGCUGCACCGAACGAUCAUCCUUUAUUCAUCGAUGCCCUGACUGAUAUUGUUACCACUCAUUUGCGAUCCAAACAAGCUUAUAGCCCUAAAUUUCUUGCGAGGUGCCCUCAUUGUGUCAAUGAUAACUGCAAACUCAGUAGGACGUGGUUUCAGAAAGUCUGCACGAUUUAAAUAAUUUAUUCUCCCACUAAUAUCGUUGGUAAUUGUUUAUCUGGAUGAUUAUUCUAUUUUGGCAAAGGAUGAGGAUUGGUAAUGGGGCUUUGUGGACUGUCAAUUUUUUUUGGUAAUAAAGGUCUCAAGACAAA